AUGUCUCAUCAUCACCACGAUCAUAGUGGCGGUUGCCACGGCGAAGACCAUGAUCAUUCGAACGACAUCACUCCCGCCAUCCAAUCUCUUCUCUACUCCCAGAUUGAUUUCGGGAAGAUCGUCACUUUGAAUGAAACUACACCCAAGGCCGGCGCGGCCAUUGUGCAAAAGACCUGGGCGGAACGACUGAACGACGAACCUGAGCUCGAAAGCGACGCAGACGAGCAAUUACUCAUGACUAUUCCCGGACAAGCAAACAUCCACUCCUUGCUCCUCUACACCGCCCCCACAAUCUCCGCCCCGAAGACCGUAAAGCUGUUCAAGAACCGCGACGACUUGGACUUUUCCACGGCGUCGGAGUUACACCCCACACAGACAAUCGAGGUUCCGCAGCCAGUACCUGGCGCGGACGUCUUCGAACUCCCGCUCAACCGCGCGCAUUGGAACGCCACUACCUCGGUCACGUUGUUCUUUGAGGACAACUGGAGUGAUGGCGAAGAAGACGUUACCAAGGUUGGAUAUGUGGGUUUCAAGGGGCAGUUUAUGAAGUUGACGCGCGAGCCGGUCAACUUCCUCUACGAGGCUGCUGCGAACCCACAGGACCACGUUUCCAUCCCUGGAGUUGGUGGAAUUGGAAGUGUUUUGCCCGGACAGUAG